AUGAAGAUCGAGUUCGCUCCACUCAACAUCCCGCUGGCGCGGCGCCUGCAGACCACUGCGGUUUUUCAAUGGGUCCUGAGCUUCCUCCUGCUGACACAGGUGUGCUUUGGGAUCAUGGUGGUGCUCAUCAUAUACAACUACUGGUUCCUUUACAUCCCAUAUCUGACUUGGCUCUACUUCGACUGGAAAACCCCAGAGCAAGGAGGCAGGAGAUUCAAUUGGGUCCAAAGCUGGACUGUGUGGAGGCACUUUAAGGACUAUUUUCCAAUCCAUCUCAUCAAAACCCAGGAUUUGGAUGCAGGGCACAAUUAUAUAUUUGGAUUUCACCCUCAUGGAAUACUCGUGCCUGGAGCCUUUGGAAAUUUUUGCAUAAAUUACUCAGACUUCAAGAAGCUGUUUCCUGGUUUUACGUCAUAUCUCCAUGUGACCUCCUGCUGGCUCCCCGCCCCCUUCUUCCGAGAUUAUCUGAUGAGCUUUGGGAUGGUUUCCGUUUCUAAGAAGAGUGUGUCCCAUGUGUUGAGCAAGAAUGGAGGUGGGAACAUUUCAGUCAUUGUCCUUGGGGGUGUAAAGGAGUCACUGGAGGCCCAGCCAGAACAAUGUACCCUCUAUAUCCGCCAGCGCAAAGGAUUUGUUAAGAUUGCCUUGACCCAUGGUGCCCAUUUGGUCCCGGUGUUUUCUUUUGGUGAAAAUGAACUUUAUAAACAAAUUAACAACCCGGAAGGCUCGUGGCUUCGGACUAUACAAGAGAGACUGCUGAAGUUAACAGGAUUCACCAUGCCACUGUUCUAUGCCAGAGGACUUUUCCAGUACAGCUUUGGCCUAAUGCCCUACCGGAAACCAAUCCACACUGUUGUUGGCCGCCCCAUCCCUGUCCGGCAGACUCUGCACCCGACCCCAGAGCAGACUGACGAGCUGCUUCAGACGUACUUGGAGGAGUUAAGGAAACUAUACAACGAGCACAAAGCGAAGUACGGUAUUCCAGAACACAAAACUCUGGUUUUUAAAUGACUC